UUUCACUCCAACUGGAUGAGGUAUGUGAACUGUGCGCGUAAUGAGGAGGAACAGAACCUGGUGACCUUUCAGCACCGAGGAGCCAUCCUGUACCGCUGCUGCCGGCCGCUGGCCCCAGGGGAGGAGCUGCUGGUCUGGUACGGAGAGGAGUACUCCAGAGAGUUGGGCAUCUCCUUUGACUACCUCUGGGACAACAAGAGCUCCACCAGAGGACCAAGGAUAGAGUUGUCCCAGACUCCGGUGUUCUAUUUCUCCCAGUGUCCUCUCUCCUUCACUGCCCAGAUCUACCUCCACAAGCACAUCAAGAGGUGCCACCAUGACCUGUACGUCUCUCUGCUGAGGAGUGGAGAGAUCAGACCAGAGACUUUGUCCUCCUCUCGACCACGCCCCAACACCACCUCCUCCCUCCCCCCGGGUCCCCACCCAGGGAAGCAUGGACAAGGAAAAGGCCAGACAUCACCACUGUGACCAGUGUAGGAAGAGCUUCAGUCAGUCAGCACAUUUAAAGAUACACCAGCGUGUUCACUCAGGAGAGAAGCCGUACCACUGUGACCAGUGUGGGAAGAUCUUCAGUCGGUCAGCACAUUUAAAGAUACACCAGCGUGUUCACUCAGGAGAGAAGCCGUACCACUGUGACCAGUGUGGGAAAAGCUUCAGUCGGUCAGAAACCUUAGAGAUACACCAGCGUGUUCACUCAGGAGAGAAGCCGUACCACUGUGACCAGUGUGGGAAGAGCUUCAGUCGGUCAGAAACCUUAAAGAUACACCAGCGUGUUCACUCAGGGGAGAAGCCGUACCACUGUGACCAGUGUGGGAAGAGCUUCAGUCUGUCAGGAGACUUAGAGAGACACCAGCGU